UUAGUGUUUUUUUUGGAUGUUUGAGUUUUAAUUUUGUGGUAGUUUUUUUAAUUUUUCUGAGGACUAAUUUAAUUAAAGGGGCAAACAGUGACUGUGACUAAUUUAUUGAACAGGUUUCCUGGAUUUUUAUUGUAGUCUAGUAUUUUAUUAAGGACACCGGUAUUGAUUGUGUCAAAGUGCAAUAACAGUAGAUUGUAAGUUGGAGAGUUAUUUUAUUUAAAUAAAUUAUAUUUGUAAUUAUAAUUAAUAAAGUGAGCGAGUAAAGAUGAAAAUGAGAGCAGCGGUACUAGCCGCUUGCCUCAUGGGCAUUGCCCUAGCCGGUAGUCCUAGAUUACCACGGACCUCCGCUGAUCAAAGGAGCACCAGGAAUGCUAAUAUUAAUCACAAUGUUACCAAUGUUUUACCUGCGUCUAUGAGAGGAUCUUCACGUAGCCGCGAGCAGUACCUCUUCAACGUGUUUGAAGUGAUAGUAUCAACCCUCGAGUCUAAAUUACAGCGGAUCGAAAACCUGGACAAGGCCGUCGAGCACUUAAUGCGACGGGUUGAAGCACUGGAUUCACGGGUUAAUGAUAACAUUGACAAGACAGACGCGGUAAUUACUAAGCUGAGAACCUUGGAUCUAAAGCUCUUCCAUGCACAACCUACACUUCCGCCGGAAAUCAUGAGACAAAGUGAAGGAAUGUCUGAGAGAGCUGAUGGCCAUCAAGAAGAGUCUGUUCCGGUUAUCCGGUUAAUUCAUCACGACAACCCGACGCCUGAGUACCUAGGGGAAAAAUUGCUGUCAUUGGACCAAAAGGUCUCGGACAUUGACGACAAAUUAGUGAAUCUGAAGAACCAACUGGACACCAAUUUCCUGCCAAGCGACGACAUAAAUGCAGAAGCCAGCGAAAAAAAGCCGAUUAGUAUGAACGUUAUAGAGAUCACGAAGGCUAUGAGCAAUGAAGUAAUGAACCACGUGACCAUCGAAAUUGAAAAUCUGAGACAAGCUACCGGUAAUAUGGACAGAAAGUUACAAUUUCACAUGAAUUUGGUGUCAGAUACUUUGGGCUCUGUUUACACCAUGACCAAAGAUAUCCACGAGGCGCUUAUUGAUAAGGCGCAACAACAUUCUGCGACUGACGUUAAUCGGACGACGGCUAAUCAGCAGGGUUAUGUCGCGAAGCGCAGCAAAAUUGAUAGGCUGGUUGAGAAAAUUUACCCGGUGAUCAAUUUCUCGGACAAGAUGAAUGAAAUUUGGGGCGUUGUUGUGGGCACUAAGACAGCAGUAGACAAUUUAUUACCCAAGUCAGAUGAAAUAUUAGUUCAAAAUCAACGUCAAGAACAAGUAAUAAGUACAAUUCACUCUGAUUUACGGACAAAAACAAAUCAAAUAAUUGAUAACCUCCAGGGCGUUGAAAGUAGAUUAAAGAAACAAGAAAAUGACAUUGCAACAUUCGCACAGCGCCCGAUUCCAGCGGAGCUUUUACUAGACCCGACAAUUGACCGUCUGGUUGAAUACGAUCCCAACAGAUACAUUGCACUGCACGAUGAGUUUGCGUCAGAAGCGCUGCCAUCAACGACCACGACACCUUUCCCCACAUCAUCGUCAUUGCAAGGUUCAUCAGCCGCAAAUCCACCAUCGACGACUCCGAUAAGUGUUUCCGUUUCGAUGUCUUCAUCGACGUCAAUGUCGACAUCUUCUGGCGGAUCUACUUCGUCAGCCCCGUCAUCCUCUUCGUCAUCGCCCGUAUCGUCAUCAUCAUCGGCUCCACUUGUACCUUCGUCAUCCCAGAGAUCAACAACUCGCAACCGAGGAGUUAUAUUCCCGAGUGUUAAGAACAAACCCAGUCCGGCUAAUUCAACCUUCACUACUGACAAUGUUGUCGUCAACUACAAGGACAUCAAGGGGUACUCGUGUGUCGAUUUACUCAACGCUGGAAUGAGAGAAAGCGGCGUUUACUAUUUGCAAAUACGCGGAACGACAUAUUGGUUCUUAAAAGUUUAUUGCGAACAAGAAAUUGCUGAUGGGGGUUGGACUGUUAUUCAACGACGCGAUGACUUCGGGGAUCCACGAGAGAACUUCAAUCGUGACUGGGCGGAUUACAAAAACGGAUUCGGCGAUCCUGCACGCGAAUUCUGGCUUGGUAAUGAGAAUAUUUAUAUGCUGACCAAUAAUGAGGAUUAUUCAUUGCGGGUCGAACUUGAAGACUUUGAAGGCAAUAAAAGAUAUGCCCAAUAUUCGCACUUCAAAAUUUAUUCAGAAAGCGAAUACUACAAAUUAGAGAUUGAUGGCUAUGAAGGUAACGCAGGUGACUCAUUAAAUGAUCCAUGGUACGGCUCUAACAAUAGUCCAUUCUCUACAUACAAUCGAGAUAAUGAUAGAUCAUCAUUGAAUUGCGCUUCGAUGCUCAAAGGCGGCUGGUGGUGGAAGUCGUGCGGCAGAGGAUUAAACGGACUUUAUUUGAACGAUCCGCAAGAUCUUACAGCAAGACAAGGUAUUGUUUGGUUCCGUUGGAGAGGUUGGGACUACACACUAAAGAAAGCAACAAUGAUGAUAAAACCCAAGGGUCCGAUGUCUUCAUCAUCUUCCUCAUCAUCGAGUUAAGGUGCAGAAGUCUUAAA